CUCUCUCUGCCCGCGUGUGUUUCAGACAGAGUGGGAGCUGUAGCGUGGUGGGUCCCUGAAAAAGGCUGAAGGCUCCCCGCGUAUAGAAUAUUUAAACUCUACCAAAUAACCGAGCCGCUGCCAAAAUGCUCGUGUUAUUUGAGACCGCCGCAGGUUAUGCGAUAUUUAAGGUCCUCGAUGAAUCCAAGUUGCAACAGGUCGACAGCCUGUAUAAAGAGUUUGAAACUCCUGAAAAAGCGAACAAAAUUGUGAAGCUGAAGCACUUUGAGAAGUUUCAAGACACAACAGAGGCCUUAGCAGCUGCCACUGCCCUUGUUGAGGGAAAAAUUGGCAAGAGUUUGAAGAAAGUGCUGAAGAAGGUGGUCGCCAAGGAGGCUCACGAGCAGCUGGCAAUCAGCGAUGCAAAACUCGGUGGAGUUAUCAAAGACAAGCUGGACCUGAGCUGUGUCCACAGCCCUGCUGUGGCUGAACUGAUGAGAUGCAUCAGGAGCCAGAUGGAGAGUCUCAUCACUGGACUUCCACCCAGGGAGAUCAGUGCCAUGUCUCUGGGGUUGGCUCACAGUUUAUCACGCUACAAGCUGAAGUUCAGUCCAGACAAAGUGGACACUAUGAUUGUGCAGGCCAUCUCUCUUCUGGAUGACCUGGAUAAGGAGCUCAACAACUACAUCAUGCGCUGCAGAGAGUGGUACGGCUGGCACUUCCCUGAGCUGGGAAAAGUGGUCACAGACAACUUGGCUUACUGCAAAACCGUCCGCAAAAUCGGUGAUCGCACAAACGUGGCCAGCUCUGAUCUGUCAGACGUCCUCCCUGAGGAAAUCGAGGCAGAGGUGAAACUGGCCGCUGAGAUCUCCAUGGGAACAGAAGUGUCGGAGCAGGACAUCGGCAACAUUAGGCACCUGUGUGAUCAGGUGAUUGAAAUUUCAGAAUACCGCACUCAGCUGUACGACUACCUAAAGAACCGAAUGAUGGCAAUCGCUCCCAACCUGACAGUAAUGGUGGGCGAGCUGGUUGGCGCCCGACUCAUCUCACAUGCUGGUUCUCUCCUGAAUCUGGCAAAGCACCCAGCCUCCACUGUGCAGAUCCUCGGAGCAGAGAAGGCUCUGUUUAGAGCCCUGAAGACCCGCAAAGACACACCCAAGUACGGUCUCAUAUACCACGCCUCUCUAGUGGGCCAGACCACUGCCAAGAACAAGGGCAAGAUCUCCAGAAUGCUGGCAGCCAAAGCAGCCCUGGCUAUUCGCUAUGACGCCCUGGGAGAGGACACCAAUGCAGAAAUGGGAGCAGAGAACCGUGCCAAGCUGGAGGCCAGGCUGCGGCAGCUGGAGGAGAAGGGAAUCCGAAGAAUCAGUGGAACAGGCAAAGCAAUGGCAAAGGCAGACAAAUACCAGCACAAGAGUGAAAUAAAAAUUUACGAUCCAUCUGGCGAUUCUACUAUUCCAUCCACCUCAAAGAAGAGGAAAUUUGAGGAGGAGGAGGAGGAGGCUGAAGAGCCUGUAACACCUGUGGUCAAACCCAAAAAGCCCAAAAAGGAGCUGGUAACAGAAGAGGAGGAAGCAGAAGCAGAGGAGACUCCCAAGAAGAAGAAGAAGAAAAAGAAGGAUAAGAAAGAGGAAGCUGAAGCUGAGGAGCCAAAGGGGGAAGAGGAGGAGGUAGCAGUAACAGAGUCAACAGAAAAGAAGAAAAAGAAGAAGAAAAAGAAAGUAAAGGAGGAAGAAGAUGAUGACUGAAAAGGGUUGAGAAUCUGUAUAUAUUUCUGUUUUAGUUUUUAUGCCAUUUUAGUUUUGCAUUAUGCAUUUAUAUCUAAUCAGGGCAAUACUCUAUUGUCUGUGUCUUGACAUCAGAAAAAGACUUCAUGUUUAAGAGCAAAAAUAAUUGGAUCACCUUUUUAUAACGGAGUCAGGUGUGGUUUGAAAUCCCACCAAGUGUUUUUCCAGUCAUAAAAUGAGUGAAGAAUGUAAAUCCUUUUUUAAAAAGAAAGAUGUUUAAUAAGUUUGUGACCUGCUUUCCCUGGUUUAACAGUUUUUAUGUUGAUCUUUACCUGUGAACAUAUCUGUCUAACUCAGCACAGAGCAAAGUGUUGGUAAUAUUUCCCAGUUCUCUUGUGACAAAUCUUUUUUUUUUAUUGUCAGACUGUGAACAUCUACUCCUGGUGAAAUAAACAUUUUUGCUGUAA